CGAGAACGAGCGUGAAGAGCCGAGAAGAGCCGAACAGAACCGAGUCUCGCGUAACAGCUGUUGCUCCGUACUGACUUUCGUCACGACGAAAACGCCGGUUCAGAAUCUAAAUAACGAUUUGAGCGAAUAAAUACGUGAUACACAGUGUAUGUCGAAAUGAAACAAGUUGUUUUUACCUUUCUAUUGGCUCUGACAUUAUUUCUCGAUGAGGCGACAACGAUAUUAGAUAAUACGACAACGUAUAGCGAUUCCGUAUCCGAUAAUGUAGGAAUAAUAAUAUCUUUAUGGAAUCAUAAUAAGAAUAACGCCUUCAAACAACGAAUAAAUUUAAUCCCAUUUAGUCAUUUAAACAUAACUGUGACAGAUAUUCCACCGGAUAUUUGGUUUAUUAUAUUACAAAUUCAUACAUUUCAAUAUAAUGCCACGAUAGCUUAUGACAAAGACCUGCUUGAUAAAGUGUCGAGCAGAAGUCUAUUUGGAUCAAACAUUGGUUUGUAUUUAAAAACAUAUAAUGUAACAACCCCAAUACAGGUAUUUUUGAAGCACUAUAAUUUACACAACCUCGAUGCAUUACUCACGAUUGUCGCAUACGAUCGGAAUGCACCGAUACCAGGUGGAUGUAACAUGGAAUUCGAUAUUGAGAUUGCACCGUAUCAAAAGCUGCAUACAGAAAAUGAAAUGAUAAUAGUCGAUACACAGCCAGCUUCGAUACUCGCUGGUAACGGCUUGCCGACUCUAUGCGAAACAAAUCCGGUGCAACACAAAAUGUACCGUCUUUAUCUGCCUAGGCAAGAUUUUACUCCAGACACAUACUUCGAAGCGAUCGCGAGUAUGCUGACCACGCAAGAUAUUGUACAGAAUGGUGAUGAGAUACCGCCUACUCUCACGAGUCCUAUGAGACGUAUUUACAGUGCAUAUACUGGUACAGGAUCUGUUUAUGCCGCAAUUGCCAUAAAUGGCAAUUAUUCUUCGGCCUAUAUCCCGAUUUUUACAUAUGCUUGCAGUCCGUUACUAUAUCCAGAAACUUGCCAAGUUUUAAAUGAUACGUUUGCAGAGAUGAUUUGCGCGUUGGUUUUAAUCAUAGGUUUUCUCCUAGUUAUUAUCGGACAUAAAUAUGCUUAUAUAGAUCGUUUAAUAUCGAGUUGUAUGAUGGGUGGUAUUUUUGGAUAUACUUUAGCGAUAGGCAUCAGUGAUUACAGCACUACAAUUAACAUUUUAAUAGGUUCAAUAUCUGCCAUUCUUGCCGUAACCUUAUCGGCAUUCUUACGUUCGACUUGCGAUUUAUGUAUAUUUUUAUGCAAUUUACCAUUGGGAUUUCUAUGUACAUGCAUCACAUACCUCUACGCUCCAGUAUGGAUGUUUUAUAUUCUGGAACAUGAUUGGUUAUUCUGGCCUAUGUUCGUAAGCUUAAUGCUUACAGUGGCUAUACCUUUGACAAAGAUGCCUUAUAUUGCGGAAAUAAUCACGCGCGUCGUUUUUGGAUCUUAUUUCGUGAUCAUCGCCAUUGAUUAUUACAUCGGAAGUAAUUUGAAAUAUAUUAUUCUUACUUUGAUCAGGAGAGUCACCAUAUCUGAGUUUCAUUUAGCAUUUGUAUAUCCGCCGUAUCAACAUGCAGAUGUAAUCUUGAUAAUUACCUGGUUUGUGCUGAUAAUAGUACAAUUUCUUAUACAAGGAUGCACCAAAUUAUGUCGAAAAAUGUCUGUGGUAGAAUCUGCAGGGAACAAUACAGAAACAACAGUUUUGAUCCCAAAACAAAGGAAAAGAUUUUAUCAUCGAUAUUAUCGAAAGUCAAAUAAUCGAUAUAAUGUAUUAUAACAACAUAUAUAUCAAUAUUAUUUAUAUAAAUUAUAAGAUUUAAGUUUCUGAAAUUUUGUUCAGAUUUAUUACUUUCACAUUAGAUGCCAAAAACAAUUAUUUGCAAUAAUUUUGUUCAUUCUCGUUAACAGUUGAUUUUAAAUCAUAUUUCAGUUAAUAAUAUACAAAGAUAAACAGAUAUAAAUCUUGUAUAAUACAAACCUGUUUUGCAUUCAUAUCAUUUUGUGCUAAAUAUAAAAAAAAAAUGUAAUAUUUGUAUUAAUUAAAAAGUAAGAUUAUAUGUAACAAUGAUGUGCAACAUUUACAUUUCAUAUGUAAAUUGAAUUUUUUUAUUUAUUUUAAUUUAUUUUUCUUUAGAAACUGUGAUAUUUAUGUUCAUUUUAAUAAGCAAAAUGUAUGUUUUUUUACGUAAUAGAUUUGAAGCAUAUAAUGAACAAUUAUGAAUUGCAAAAGAUGAAGUUGUACAUCAUUGUAAGUACUUUAUAAUAACAUAAUAUAAUAUAUUAUUAAAAAAAUAUAUAUACAUAUAUAUAUACGUGUUUUUAAAUAUAUUUU